CUUUUGUUCUUUCCUGUUCUCAAUUUCUCGUAAAAUUUCUCCCUUUUUCAAUUAAUCUCUAGUAUGGGAGACGAAGAAGCAGUGAGAUCGGAGGAGUUCGUGAAUGGAGGUACGGAUGUCUUGAGUUCUUCGAGACAUUCCGCUUCUUCUUCUGAUCAUCUCGUUGUCAUGGUCCACGGGAUUCUUGGGAGUACUGCUGACUGGCAAUAUGGAGCUGACCAGUUUGUUAAAGCACUUCCUGACAAAGUGAUAAUCCAUUGUAGUGAAUGCAACGGGUACACACUGACAUUGGAUGGUGUUGAUGUUAUGGGUGAGCGCUUGGCAGAAGAGGUCAUUGGAGUCAUCAACAGAAGACCCGGGCUGAAAAAAAUUUCUUUCAUUGCGCACUCUAUGGGUGGACUUGCUGCAAGAUAUGCAAUUGGUCGACUUUACAGAACUUCAAGUGGAAAACUCGUAGGGAACCCAUCAGAUGGCGUCUGUGCUGGUGACAAUACCACAGGAACCAUAUAUGGUCUAGAAGCAAUGAAUUUUAUUACUGUAGCUACACCUCAUCUUGGUUCGAGAGGUAAUGGGCAGGUUCCAUUGUUUUUUGGUGUCACUGCUCUUGAGAAGGUUGCAGCUUCCGUAAGUCAUUGGAUUUUUAAAAGAACCGGAAAACAUCUAUUUCUUACUGAUAAUGAUGAAGGAGAAACCCCACUUUUGCAGCGCAUGGUGAAUGAUCAUGGGAACAUAUAUUUCAUGUCUGCACUGGGAGCAUUCAAACGCCGAGUAGCAUAUGCAAACGUUGGUUAUGAUCAUAUUGUAGGAUGGAGAACAUCAUCUAUACGACAUAAUUCUGAACUGGCAGUGUGGGAGGAUUCUUCAAGUAAAGAAUAUCCACAUAUUGUACGUGUAGAACAUUCAAAAGCAGUCAAUGCUGAUAAAUGUCACGAAGCCUCAGAUGUGAGCUGUUACUCUGACGUUUUAGAAGAGGAGCUGGUGACAGGCCUUUCAAGGGUGUCAUGGGAAAAAGUAGAUGUUAGCUUCCAGAGCAGUAUACAGAGAUUUGUUGCUCACAAUGCCAUUCAGGUUCAAUAUGCUUUUAUGCAUUCAGAAGGUGCAGAUGUUAUACAACACAUGAUUGAUCAUUUUAUUACAUGAGGUAGCUCGCAUUUAAUUAUGUACGCCAAGCAAGCCUUCUGAGCUCAAAAAUUUGUCAAAAGAAUGCCUGGACUUCAGAAUUUUUUUCCGAUUCUUUGUUGUUGUAUUAUAUAUGGUUGAGUGUGAUAUAUGUGAAAUUGAUGAAUUACUUGGGAAGAGAUGAAGAUGUUCGUCUCUUUUGACGCCAUGUUAUUUACGGUCAUAAAGAACUUACCCUCUGUACAAAUAGGCCAGCCUAGUUACAAUGUUUCACCAUAGAUCACGAACAAGAAAAGGCUAGCCGCUAACCUGUUCUUGCAAAACUAUCACAUGGGUCCGAAUCUGUUGUUUCAUCAACAACGGAAGAGAGCUAUGACGAUUAUGGGAAUUAACGCCGGCGUCUGCUAUCUGCACCGAGUACCGAGCCUUCAACUUCCGGAGAAAAACCGGAAAGGAAUUUCCCUCCAAAAAACCAACCACAAAAAGGAGGGAAUCACGCUACAUAAAGUGGUCCUUGAUGAAGGGAUCGGAAGGUGAAAGAGGAAAAACAUACCACACAAAGCAUUCGUGUUUAGUAGUUUCAUAAAACGAGACGGGAACAAGUACGCUUGGUGUAAAAUUUAGCAGACGGUUCCAGAUGCUCUGGAGAACGCCUCCCUGCUUCAACCUGAAUAUUUUCUGGUAGAAGACGAUCGCAAAGUGAACCUGCUUCGUACAAAAAAAGAAAAGCUUGUAUUACAUAAUCUGCCAAGAGUCCCAUUGGGAUAUGAGAAAAUACAUACUGACAGGCAUGCUUGCCUAUUUUAGCAAAGAGCCUAUUCGAUAAUGAUCGAGCAGGGGGCAGCUUUUCGGUUCCACCUCGAAAACCUCGCUGGGCUGGGGGUGCUCGUCCGCUCCGAAGCCAUAUUCGAUAAUGAUCGAGCUUCGGUCUAGAUUGAAUCAAAUGGAAACAAUCCCCGACGAGGAAAGACCUUGGCUACAUAAACGAAGCCUUGGCUGAUCGUAAGGAACACGGGUCGUUUCUUUAUUUAAUUUUUUUAGAGUGCGUCCUGGGAAUAAUAAGUAUCCCCGAGCGGGGCGGAGGCAACUAAUAAUAAUAACCUGGUGCCGUCCGCCAGCUAGCAACAAAUUAAAGUAGCACGCACUAGCCUGUGACCCGUCAAUGACGCUGCUAGGGCCAAUUUUUAAGAUUUAUCUUUAGUCGGCCAAGCCUUAAUUGGCCCAACCCCGAGAACUCGUGUAUGUAUCAAAUAGUCAACAUCCAUUGGUGUAUUUGCGUAUUAUAAGUUAGCAUUGACAUUAGAUCAAUUUACAAUUA